UUUAAUUCUAUUUUUUAAUUAGGUGGAUUUUAGACAUCAUAGCGAGCAUUGCAAUGCUUUAUUCGCGCCACAUUUUAAACAUAAUCCAACCAUCAGACAUCAGAGAAUGCUCUGGUUGAGCUGAAAGAAACACAGAGGGCAGCACCGCACCAACACCAAAACCCGAACACUGCGAACACAUGACCACAUGUGUUUGUGAUUGAACGUCGCCCCCUGAAUUCUAACUGAUUCCAACCCCGUGGGAUUGUUGACGGUUUAGGUUGAGGAAGAAUGAGUACUCAAAAGGGAAACACGUCCAGGACGCGGGCACAAAAGCACAAAAACUCGUUCGCAUUCAAAAAUGACUUGCAUGACAAAACGCCCAAGAACCUCCAGAUUGCUAGCAUGAGAGUGGCUAACGUGUGCGAGCACUGCAAAGGAGUGAUAGAGUGGAAAAUCAAAUACAAGAAAUACAAGCCGCUGAACGCGCCUGCCAAGUGUCCGAAAUGCCAGCAGAAGACUGUGAAGCACGCGUACCACACCUACUGCUCACCCUGCGCCAGGGAAGCUAAAAUGUGCCCAAAGUGCGGCAAGAAAAGUGAAAUCGAGCCGGUUGAAACCAAUCAGCAAGUUUUGGACAGAGAAAUGCAAGAGCUUCUAAAAAGCUUACCUGAGAGAAAGAGGAGAACUUUCCUCAGAUUCCUUGCUUCAAAAAAUAAAGAUGCUGCUGAUCAACCUGACAAGAAGCCAGCAAAUUUGGAAAAAGAGCUCUCCGACAAACUGAACGAACUGAAAUUAGCAGCUAACAAAGAAGAAGAUGAUGAUGACUUCAGUGAUGGAUUUUCAGACUCUGAUGCCUCCUGCUCUGAAGAUAAAAAUGAUGAAGACGACAUUGACGCUUAAAUUUGUAGUACGCUAUCAUCACAAUAAUAUAACAAUUUUUAUAAAUA